AUGUUCUCAAAACACUCAAGAGACUACACAGAUUUGUCUCUCGAAUUGGAAGAUGCUCUCGAUUGGCAAGCAGGGACGCUCAAGACAUUGAAAUAUCACUUCAAUGUUACUGCUUUCGCGGCAGAACCUGUUUCUGGUCUUCUUGCAUUUGGUACUGCUGAGGGCAGCAUACUCGUCUAUGGCGCUCCUGGAGUUGAGUGCCAGCUGAGUGUUCCGGAUCCACCGAACGUUCGGGUGCAGCUCUUGCAGUUCGCUGUCUCGGUCUUCAAGUUGCUCUGUGUUGACUCACAUAACCGAUUGCACAUCUGGGAUCUCGCGAAUCUUGGCAAGCCGAAACUUCAAAAGAUUGUUAGCUUUGCUCAUCAAAUCAACUCCCUCACUGUAUCGCCCGCACAUGCGCAUGCAUUUGUCGCGCUGGCAAACGGAGAAGUGAAGACGUAUGAUCUUCUGUGUCUUCGUAUCUCCCCUUAUGCCGUGCCGAAUACAUGGGCAGAUUAUGAGGAGAAGGUACUGGCAAGCGGAGCCCCAGUGAUACCCAAUCCUGGCUCCCGAGUUAUUGUGGAUAUUAGUAUCCAUCCAAGGGAUCUCAAUCUCAUGUUCGUUGUCUAUGGAGGAGGGGCAAUACUAUUUGAUCUGAAACAACGACAUCUUGUGCAUGCCUACGAGUUUACUCUGCAACCAGGUGCGCCAGGAGGAGCCGGAUAUCAUGCUCAGGACAUCCUGUUGCCUCGCCGACCGUCAGUAACUGCCUUCGCCGUUCACCCGUCAGGACAUCUUUUCGCUGUUGGUCACGCAGACGGAAGUAUCGCCUUCUGGGCUCUGGAAGAUGAGGACAAGCCAGUCUUGGUGCGCACUCUUGACAGCCCCGCCGACGAGGAUGUCAGCACUGUAGAUGUAUCGAGGUUGGACACAGCGCUGGUCUCUGGCGUACCCGAUGCCGAACAUGCAGCCGAAAGUCGUGAACCGAUUUUUAAGCUCGCAUGGAGUGGUUUCCCCAAUUCCGCAGACCCACGCGGGGGUGAGACGGUCCUCACUGUUCUCGGUGGUCUUUUGCAGGACGCGUCGCCAGGCGUAACGACGCUACUUCUACCCGCACUCAAUCCUCCGGCGCCCCCAUCAUCUUCUUCUGCAAAUGUAGCCGCAGAACCUUCAUUGCAUCCCGAUACACGGACUGCGAUUCAAGGGUUGCUCGCACCAUUGGAUGUGUAUACCUUCGUCACACUUGGUGCUGUGCAAGAUUUUCUUCUUAUGCCGCGCGAGAAUCCCCAUUUCGCGGGUACUUGGGAUCCACAGGCCAUUGUGCUGCUAGCUGAAUCUAAAGUUGACUCGUCAGGAGAUCUGCGCUCCGUGGAUGCGUACGAGUUUCCCCCACCAUCCUUCCUGAUCUCACGACUCAGUCGCCCUACAACGCCAGAAGCUGAUCCUGCGGAGAGUGAAUAUUUCGUCGACCCAGAGCGCGAUCGACAAGCCGCUUUCAGCGAAGAACUUGCUUCUACACUCCAGUCGAUGACCCUCAGUGCCGAUCCGCGUCUCCUCCAACUACCAUUUGCGCUCUGGAUCGUUUCGGGAAGCACACUGGUUAAGUUGGACCGAGAUGCGUAUCAGUUGCUGACUCACCAGGAUGAUACAGACCACGCCGCCCUACCCACGAAGGGCGGCGUGGCAUGGCUAGAUGAUGGAGAGAGCCAGAUGAAGACGUUGAAGUAUCAACCGCGCCGGAUUGUGGUAUCUUAUCAUCCUGACCUGACCAUCACCUUCGGAGACAUCAGUCCGCAUCUACUGACCAGCUACGGCCACGACUCACCGUUACGCAGCGCCUUCCCUUCUCCUCUCCCCUCGUUGACAAUCGAACUGGCGCCGCUACUUGCGGAGCAGUCUCUUCAUCCAUUCGCUCUGAAGGACAGUGAUGCAGAUCUAGAUGCAAUUGCUUCCAUUCACCUCGCGCCAGAAUCGCUCGAGUGUGUCAUCGUCCUGCAAAAUCAGGCGGUGAUCUUGUAUAAGUUAAACGAGGAUGAGUCGAAUGCUUUAAACUUUGUCCAGCAGAACUUGGCAGACGAAGAAUUGGUAUCUCUCCAGCACAUUCCUGUACGCAAAGGCUUGCGAUUCCUGCCUAGCGUAGGCGUCAAACCUGGGAAAGAGACUGUGACUGCUUGUGCAAUUUCUGAUGUGGGUUUCCUGGCAUUAGCUUACAGCUCCGGUGCGCUGCUCAUUGUGGAUCUGCGCGGGCCCCGGAUCAUACAUCGCAGCGCGCCAUCUGCGAGCGGGGAAAAACAAGCUUCACACCUUCAUCACCAAGCCUCUACAGAGCCCAUCAUCUUAUUGACAUGGACAAUUUGUUCUAUUGCCGCAGACUCGACUGCGCGUGUUCGCCUUAUUUCGAGCCCUGCAUCGGGUGCCGCCUCGAUUUACACACUUUCUCGCGCACCUGAUGGCUCUUGGUCCGUGUCCAACCAUCCUGAAGCCACCGAUGGUGUUACGCAUCCUGUUCCAGGAGGUUCAGUCAUCCUUGACAUCAAGACAGGCGCGCGGCUCCGCGCGAGCCGCUCAGCUCUGGCUGCUACGUUUAGUGGUGAGCCAGACACCGAGCGGAAGUGUCUCUGGGUGUGCGCCGGGGCGAAGGGUGCACGGUGUGUGGCAGACGUGAACGGAGACAAAAUCGCAAAGGUCGAAUGGGGUUCGAAAAUUGGUACCGUACGCCAGGUGGAGAUCGUCGAGAAGAGUGGCGCGUGUGCCCUCGUCGCAUUCACAGACCACGACGAGGCGCGCGUGUAUUCUCUCCCUUUCCUCGAGCACCUGCACACGCUGCAGCUGCCGCAUAUACCCACCGCGCACCUCGUAACGGACGAUUCCGGCGAGUUUCUCUCGCACGCCUUCCACCCCUCCGGGCUUGCAAGUCACACCUACCUCGGCUCGCUCUUCGCCGCCCGACGCGGGGCCCCAUACGCUACACCGCUGGUCGACCUUGCUCAUGGCAAGCCUCCGGUCCCGCCACAGCCACACCCUGUCUCGCUCGGCCCGGCGUCCGGGUCUGUCAUUGGAUCGUUGCUGGGAUACGUGGGUGCAAGCGGCGUGGCGACUUUGAGCGGGCAGCAGAUCGAUGCGCUGUUGGCCGGGCCAGACCGACCUCCUCUCCCUCCCCCUCCCGCGAACUCGUUGCCUCGGGCAAGAUCGCAAAGUCCUGGGAAAGGUACAGACUCAGGAGGUCGAGCCACGCCAUCGUCGUUUCAAGCUGCCUCAUCGAUGUCCAGUGGGGUCGGUGAUCUUUAUAACCGCCUGGGAGCGGCGCUCAAUGAGCGUGGACAAAUGCUGGGAAACCUUGAAGAGUCGUUCAACUCACUGCAACAGGGAAGCCAAAACAUGGUGACACAGGCCAAACGUUUGGCUGCCCAACAGUCGGCGAAAAAGUGGUAUAAUUUCUGA